GAGGCGCUGUCGGUGGUGAGUGAGGAUCCGUGUGUAUCAGAGUGUGUGUACACAGCGGCGUCUCCUCUGAGCGUGCAGAUGACGGCGUCUGCAGCCGCUGAGCUCCCUCACAGUAAACUCCUGCUGUCUGCUGUCUCUGUCAAGCUGGAGGCCAGCGCUGGAGCACACCGGAGCCACUGCAGGGCAGACCCGGGGCAGUGGUCGGCGGGUCACGUGCGGCAGUGGCUGGACUGGGCGGUGCAGGAGUACGGGCUGCCGCCGCUGGACGUGUCUCUGUUUCAGGGUGUGGAUGGGAAGCAGCUCUGCAGGAUGAGCAGAGAGGAGCUCCAGCGUCUGACCAGCAGCUACUCUGCAGACGUGCUGCUCUCUCACCUGCACUACCUCAGAGAGACUCCACUUCCUCACUUGACUUCAGAUGAUGUUGACAAAGCCUUGCAAAACUCCCCGCGGUUAAUGCAUGCUCGCAACACAGGAGGAGCCAACUUCAUCUUUCCCAACACACCAGUCUACCCUCCAGACGCCAGCAGAGGAGCCAGCAGAGCAGAUGUGGGUUAUGACGCUGUCAGGCGCUCUGGAUGGACUCCUGCUCUUCCUGCAGCUAAAGUUUCUCAGAGCUCUGCCGCCAUCAUGAGCAAAACUGAAGAGCAGAGAGCGCAGUUAGAUCCGUAUCAGAUUUUAGGGCCGACCAGCAGCAGACUGGCCAACCCAGGCUCUGGUCAGAUCCAGCUGUGGCAGUUCCUGCUGGAGCUCCUGUCCGACAGCUGCAACUCGUCCUGCAUCACUUGGGAGGGAACCAACGGCGAGUUCAAGAUGACGGACCCGGACGAGGUGGCGCGACGCUGGGGCGAGCGGAAGAGCAAGCCCAACAUGAACUACGACAAGCUGAGUCGAGCCCUGCGCUACUACUAUGACAAGAACAUCAUGACCAAAGUGCACGGCAAGCGCUACGCCUACAAGUUCGACUUCCAUGGCAUUGCGCAAGCCUUGCAGCCGCACCCGCCCGACUCCUCCAUCUACAAGUACCCUGCGGUGGCGGCGGAUCUGCCCUACGUCAGCUCCUACCACCCGCAGAAGAUGAGCUUCAUGGCUCCUCAUCCUCAGGCCAUGAGCGUCUCCUCCUCCGGCUUCUUCAGCGGGCCGGCUCCGUACUGGAACACACCAGCGGCAGGGAUCUACGGCGGGCCACGGCACCCCCCUGCUCACAUGCCCUCACAUCUGGGCUCAUACUACUAGAAGAACAGCAGGAACAUCUCAAGACCAGCAGAGACACUCACAUAAUAGUUGGAGAACAGCAGGAACAUCUCAAGACCAGCGGAGAUGCCCAGCAGAGGCAGGACAGGGGAUGUAAAGGGCAGAUAUCAGGCCGCUGUUAGAGACCUGCUGCAUGAUCAAUACUUAUUCAUCUAUAAUGUUAUCUGUACCUUAUUGUACAAACAUGCAUAUCAGAGAGAGGCGGAGCGUAGGUGAGACGGGUCAGAGGACAGACAGACAGGCAGAGGGAGACGGAUGGUCAGAGGAGGGCAGACAGACAGACAAUGGAGGUCAAAGAAGAUCAGAAGAUCACAGACAGAUGGACGGACAGACAAUGAAAUAGACAGAAGAGGCAAGAGACAGACGGUCAGACAGAAAUACAGUCAGAUGGACAGACAGUCAAACAGGCAAUCACAUAGAGGAGGACAGACGGUCAGAUGGUCAGACAGACCAAGGACAGAGAGAUAGAUGGACAAUCAGACCAAAACACAGUCACACCGAUAAACAGGAGGACAGAUAGAUGGACAGAUCAUACAGACAGAUAAAGGAUGACAGACAAUCAGAGGGACAAUCAGAAGAGGAAAGAUAGUCAAACGGGCAAACAGACAGAGCAGGGAAGACCAAUGGACAAGCAGACACACAGACAAUCAGACAGAGGACAGACGGUAAAGCAGACAGUCACAGUCAGACAGGCAGACUGCAGGUUGGUGAUGUGGGUCUGCAGUGUGUGUUAAAGCAUGAAGAAUGAAGCUCCUGCCGUGUUUCUCAGUAUUACUCCGUCCUCGGGGCAUCAGAGAGUGUUCUGUGCCUCUAAACUAUGCAAUCAUGUAGAAAACUGGAAGCUUUCAGAUGUUUUUCUUGACCUCAGAUCUUUCCAGACUUAAGGUGCGUUUAUAUGAAGCCGUGCCUUACAGACAGACUCAGCGGAAGACAUUUACCAAAGACAGCAGUAUUUCUAUUAUUAUUAUUAUAAUGACAAUGUUCCGAGUCGCGAACGCUGUGCGUUUGUUAGAUUGAAGUAUACUAUUCAGUGUUAUAAUUCUUUUUCUAUCAUAGGUAUAUAACUUAUGCAUUUAAACACUAUGAGUUGAUCUCAGCCAGCCAAUCAGGCGUUAGUCCUAGACUCUGUCUGACGGCGGCUUUACAGUGAUGCUGGACUGCAGAAGCUCACGGCCUCAGCCCGACUGACCCACAGCACGGCACACACACGGCCUGAGACUGCUGACAAAGGGAAAACACAUAUAAAUUAUAUGAUUUUCUACUGAAUCAAUUUAAUAAAGUAUUUUCUCCUGGAUAAAGAAA